GCGGCGGCAGCAGCCCGAGUCCGGGGCAGCGCUGGGCGGACGCCGAUGGGCAUCGGGCGGGCACCGGGAGCCCGGCGCUGAGAGCGGGGCUCGGACGGGCUCGGACGGGGCUCGGGGGUCGCGGCGGAGCCCCCCGGGCCGGGGCGAUGCUCCCCUGCAGCCGCACGGACUGAGCCGGGGCCGGCCCGUGCAUGGCCCAGCCAUGGAGGUGGUGGACGAGACGGAGGCUCUGCAGCGCUUCUUCGAAGGCCACGACAUUAAUGGAGCUCUGGAACCAUCCAACAUCGACACCAGCAUCCUGGAAGAGUACAUCAGCAAGGAGGACUCUCCGGAGAUCUGCUUCCCUGAGAUCCCAGCUCCCACCAGCUACACACACCCCCAGCCCUCCAGCUCCGCCAGCAUCCCCGCACCUCCCGCCAGCUCCAUCAGCAGCGUGAGCAAUCCCUCUCCCAGCACUCCUCUCCACCUCCCUCCUGCCAGCAGCCAGCUCCCCAUCCGGCAUGGGCCGCUCCUGGCCAAUCCCUGCGGAGCCGCCUACGGAGCUCACCUCAACUGCAACAACAACAACGGCAUGGUGGUGCCCAAGGGCUUCCUGGGUGGCCACUGCCUGAACAACGUGGUCCCUCCAAUCAAAUCAGAGCCCAAGGCCUCCUAUGCACCUGGCACUUUGCCGGACUCUCCCCCGGAUUCCGGAUCAGAAGCCUACUCCCCUCAGCAGGUGAACGAUCCUCACCUCCUCCGGACCAUGACUCCCGAAAAUAUGUGUCACAUGACUCCCCCUUCCCGCCUGGAACACCCUCCUCCUCCUCCACCACCUCCUCCUCCACCCCCUCACCUCCAGGGUCCCCCGCCACCGCCCCCACCACCCCCUCACCCCCUCCAGCCGCAGCACAAUUCCCACUUUCCCGGCCUGCAGCGGGAAAUGUUCCUGAAGGCCGAGCCCCUGAUGCCUCCGUACGGCGUUGGGCCGGGAAUGGCGCCCGCCGAGCUCCACCAUGCCCAGCAAUCCCAGAUGCUGCACCAGCUCCUCCAGCAGCACGGAGCAGACCUCCCAGUGCAUCCCGCCAAGAAGAGGAAACACUCCGAGUCCCCCCCCAACACCCUCAAUGCCCAGAUGCUCAACGGGCUGAUCAAGCAGGAGCCGGGAAUGGGAUCCGUGCCGCUCAAUCCUGAUCGCGUCCAGACGCCUCCCUGGCACCAGCCGGGUGCGCUCUCACCAGGCCUGAUUCAGGAUAACGACAGCCUGAAUGGCUCCUACCUGGAUCCCAACUUCCAGUCCAUCAAGUGGCAGCCACACCAGCAGAACAAGUGGGCAACUCUGUAUGAUGCCAACUACAAGGAGCUCCCGAUGCUCACGUACCGCGUGGACGCCGACAAGGGCUUCAACUUCUCCGUGGGAGACGACGCCUUCGUGUGCCAGAAGAAGAAUCACUUCCAGGUCACUGUGUACAUUGGAAUGCUUGGUGAUCCCAAGUAUGUGAAGACCCCUGAGGGCCUGAAACCCUUGGAAUGCUUCUACCUGAAGCUGCAUGGAGUGAAGCUCGAGGCCUUGAACCAGUCCAUCAACAUCGAGCAGUCGCAGUCAGACCGCAGCAAACGGCCCUUCAACCCUGUCACGGUGAACCUGCCCCCAGAACAAGUCACCAAGGUCACCGUGGGGCGGCUGCACUUCAGCGAGACCACGGCCAACAACAUGAGGAAAAAAGGCAAACCCAACCCGGACCAGAGGUACUUCAUGCUGGUGGUGGCCCUGCAGGCACACGCCCAGAACCAGAACUACACGCUGGCAGCCCACAUCUCCGAGCGGAUCAUCGUCCGGGCCUCCAACCCAGGGCAGUUUGAGAGUGACAGUGACGUGCUCUGGCAGCGGGCGCAGCUCCCGGACACCGUGUUCCACCAUGGCCGUGUGGGAAUCAACACGGACCGCCCGGAUGAGGCCCUGGUGGUCCACGGCAACGUGAAGGUCAUGGGGUCCCUGAUGCACCCUUCGGAUGUGCGAGUGAAAGAGGACAUCCAGGAGGUGGACACCACGGAGCAGCUGAAGCGGAUCUCCAGGAUGAGGCUGGUGCACUACAACUACAAACCUGAGUUUGCAGCCACAGUGGGCAUUGACAGCACCUCUGAGACAGGUGUCAUUGCUCAGGAAGUGAAGGAGAUCCUCCCAGAAGCUGUCAAAGACACUGGAGACCUGGUCUUUUCCAAUGGGAAAACCCUAGAGAACUUCCUGGUGGUGAACAAGGAGCGGAUUUUCAUGGAGAACGUGGGAGCUGUGAAGGAGCUGUGCAAACUCACGGAUAACCUGGAGACACGGAUCGAUGAGCUGGAAAGGUGGAGCCACAAGCUGGCCAAGCUGAAGAGGCUGGACAGCAUGAAGUCAACUGUGAGCUCUGGAGCCUUCAGCCAAACUGGGAGCCAGUUCAGCCGGGCAGGAAGCGUGCCCCACAAAAAGAGACCCCACAAAGUCACCAGCAAGUCUCCGUCGGUUGUCCCAGAGCAGGCCUGCAUCAGCCAGCGCUUCCUUCAGGGCACCAUCAUUGCCCUGGUCAUCAUCAUGGCAUUCAGCGUGGUGUCCAUGUCCACGCUCUAUGUGCUGAGCCUGCGCAGCGAGGAGGAUCUUGUGGACAUCGAUGGCUACUUUGCUGUACCCACUGCCUGUUUCCUGGCCCUCUUUCGGCACGGGGGUCCCGGAAUUCCGGUCGCUCUGUGUCCACGGUCAAGCCAGAACAUUGACAAGACACAAACAGUGCGAUCCACAGCCGCAUCCAACGGAGCCAGCAGCAGGAGCCCCCCAGAGCAUGUCCUGGAUGAGGUGCAUGGAGUAGCCCUUGGCAUUCCUGGUCGUGGUGUGCUGGCCUGUUUCAGCCCUCCCUGUUUUUCCAUGUGCUGUUCCGCUGCUCCCACUGACAUCUCCUCCGUUGUCCCCUCGGAGACCAGCCCUGCCCAUGCCACCAACCGGACAGACCAAAGCCAGCCCUCCCUCCUGCCAGUGACAAAUAUCAAAGCCAAAUCCAGGGGCAUCACCGGGAAAUCCACCUCCUACACCAAGUGGCCAAAGACUCCUGACAGGUCUCAGAGCUUCGGCAGCCCCAAUGCCAGCCCCUCCUCCCCCUUCUCCCACAUCCAGGGCAAAUCCAAGUACAUCUCCAACCUCUCGCUCUCCCGCAGCAACUCCCGGCAGCAGCGCAGCCUCCGGCAGCCGGUGAGCGAGCGGCCCCGCACGGAGCGGCCCGGCACAGAUGUAGGGCUGAGCCCGGUGCUGCAAUCCAUCCGGAUCCUGGAGAUCAACCUGGCCAUCCAUUCCCAGUACUGCGCCGCUGCCGACGCCUGCAGGACCGGGAAUUUCAGCUACCGCAUCCCUGUGAGCCAGCGGACAGCCGUGAACACCAACUUGACCCUGGAGAUGAACUCCUCCUCCACUGUGUCCAUCUCCCUCUGUGGCCUUGUCUCCAGUGAUCCCUGCCAGGAUGCUGUGAGCGGGAACAGCUCCACUGACUCCACAGAUGCACAGGACACCACGCACCGCUGGCCUCUGGUGAUGCUGUCCUUCCGGGAGUUUUCCUACCACUUCCGAGUGGCACAGCCGGGCCGAGCCGACUGCAGCACUUCCCUGGAGCAGCUGGGACACCUCUUCACUGACUAUUACUUCCAGUUCUACUGGCUCUGUGAGUGAGUCCUGGCAGCACCAGUGCCCUCUGCUUGGAGACAGGAGGGGAACUGGUGCCACUGGGAGCCUCCCGAAUUCCCUGCUCUGCUGGCCCCCAGCCCCACCUCAUCCCCGUGUCCUGCGGCAGCUCUGGAGCUGGAAUAGCGAUGGCUGGAGAAACUGAAGCUCAGCACACACAGGACCUAAAAGCCACCACCAGCCCUGUGGUGGCUCAUGGGGAGGA